CCAACCCAAACUCUGUACGCUUCAGAAUGCUUAUCAUCAUGGUUCGAACAUUAGCAGCAGCUGUUACACUGUUUGCGGUAGUAGUAUAUGGAUCAUACACAGCGCGAUCUAAACCGGGCCAAUCUGGAGGUCGAAUUGUAGGCGGUAUUGCAGUGAACAUUUCCGACUACCCGUAUCAAGUAUCAUUGCAACGAAACCAACAUUUUUGUGGUGGUUCUGUUCUUAACGACAGGUGGAUCUUAACGGCAGCCCACUGUACUAAAGGAAUUACCAAUGCAUCGGUGCUUAAAAUACGAGCUGGUUCCACCGAGGUACGAUCCGGUGGUAUUUUGGUCCAGGUGCGCGACAUUUACUUCCACCCGAAGCAGAACUCGUGGAGUAGCUAUGAUUUUUCCUUGCUAGAGCUGAAAGAACCGCUCAAACUGAGCAAAGGAAUUCAACCGAUUUCUCUGCCCGCCCACGGUGAUUCCUUCGAAGAUGGAACGCUCUGUGAAGUGUCCGGAUGGGGAAACACCAGAAAUGCUAAUGAGUCCUCGUUGAGUUUGCGGGCUGCUUCCGUUCCGCUGUUCAAUCAGGAGAAAUGCAGUACAGUUUACAAGGAGUAUGGCGGCGUUUCUGAAAGCAUGAUUUGCGCCGGCUAUGAGGAAGGCGGCAAGGAUUCCUGUCAGGGUGACUCCGGUGGACCGCUGGUUUGCAAUGGUGUGCUGGCGGGAGUGGUUUCCUGGGGAAAGGGUUGUGCCGAACCCGGUUUUCCUGGCGUUUACGGAAGAGUGACCAGUGCGGUAGACUGGAUUGCCGAAACUAUGAACGAGGUUGUAUAUGAGCGAUAGUGGUUGUGCUUUGAAAGUAGGCUGGGUGGUUUAGCUUCUGAAUAAUAUAAGCUUUAUCAUAUUUUGAUAAUAUUGAAAUAGAAAAAGAUUACCCAUACACGUAGAGUACGUUGCUGAAAUCUACCAGUGUUGCAAUAUUUUGUAAAGAAACCACGGAGAUCCAGAAACUGUUAGUAACGAAAAAAUUAACAUCAGUUAUACAAUCAACAUUAAUAGUAUAUGCUAACAUCUUCUCCAUUAAUUUGAAAAUGUUUUAUAGCGGGAA